AUGAGUCUUUUGCUUCCCAUGAGAGGCCCGCGCUGGCGCCAUGAUUUACGGCCCUUAUCAUCGCCCAAUCUGAACACUCGCAACUCAAUUCCAGACUCAAUCAUGGCCGACGACGACAAGGAAGAGAAGGAUAUCCUGGACUCGCUAGAACGCGAAGCAUCUGAUUUUGCCAAGGACGCCGAGAUCGACCGCAUCCGCCAGGCAUUCUCUCUCGAUGCCUACGCAGUCCUCGAUCUCCAGCCCGGCGUGCCGGACUCCGAUAUCAAACUACAAUACCGCAAGAAAUCCCUGCUGAUCCACCCGGACAAGACCAAAAACCCCGCGGCGCCCGACGCAUUCGAUCGGUUGAAGAAGGCCCAGACGGCACUACUUGACGAAAAACAACGCGCAUACCUCGACGAGUGCAUCUCUGACGCACGGCGGCUCCUGAUCCGAGAACAUAAAUACACAGUUGACUCACCGGAGCUGCAGACCGGCGAGUUCAAGAAGGAAUGGCGGCAGAAGACGGUGCACGUGCUCCUUGAAGAAGAGGCGCGGCGGCGCAGACAGGCCAAGGCGCGCAUGCAGGAAGAAGGACGGGAGAAGCGCAAGGAAGACGAGGAGCUGGAUGCGCGGAAACGGAAACGCGACCAGGACAAGGCGUGGGAGGAUACCCGCGAGGAGCGCAUUGGCAGCUGGCGGGAUUGGCAGAACGGGAAGAAGACGGGCGAGAAGAAGAAGAAAAAGAUGAAAGUGCUGGGAUAG